UAGGGGUUAUCUGGCGGGGCUGAUGGCUAUCCGGGGUAAGAGUCCCUUGGGAGGACCCGGGUUCUUCCUUAUCCGGAUCAUAUCCUAUCAUCCAUGUCCUCAACAAUUGUCCUCUCUAACCACCCUCCACACUCUUAGAGCAAGUCCAAUCUUUAUAUUUAUAUAAAGGAGGUUCUCAGCAGGAUGACAUGGCAUGCUUGAGAGUCCUUCCUUCAAAUUCUCUUUUUUCAUGGAUUUUUGCAUUUUAUUAGUUAAAUCUUUUUCUUAAAACUGAGAACUAUAAAGAGCUAACGAAAAGUUAAUGACCCCUUUUUACAUUUGUGUCUUUUUAGUGUCUUUCUUCGCGCCCGAGAUAGCUUUCUCACUUGCAGAGCUCCCAUCUCAAUAUCAGCCGGAGCUACCACUGUGCCUGUCAUCUGAUUUGUUGUUUGUGAAUACGUCGCAGCACGGAGUCGGCCAGAUCUCUAAUCGCACCUUCGCUCGCCGUCUCGCCCCUUCCGAGGGGAAUUUUAAUCAUUGGAAGCUAAUGUUUUUUCACUCCGAUACAUACUUUCAAGCAUAUAUUUCGGGUAGAAAUGACCUUCUUUGGCAGAUGAAAAUCAUUUUGGACAACUGUCACAGCAAAGACUCAUUUAGUGGAUUAGAGAUGCAUGUGAGCUUAAUCAAGUUAAAGAGAUCAUUGAGUGGGGAACUGAAUAUAUUCCCAAGACUUUUAAUUCUACCACUCACAACAUAUACCGAACUGCGGCACAGAAGAGGGGAUUUGGGUUUUUCAUGCUGCUUGAGGCCAUCUUCUGACUUGUGAGAAACCAGUGACAAAAAAGAGCGAUGGCAGAGAUUCUUGAGAGGAUGACGUGGAAUCUUUCAAUCCUUUCCACCUAAUUUUCCUAUUUUUGUAAUUUAAUUAAUUAACUCUUUAUUUUUCCAGCAGCUUAUUAAUUGUGAUACGCAUUGGUUGACUUACAGUGCUUUGCAGUGGUUUUUGGUGCCAUCUGCAGACCAAUCGGGUGUGCUAUGAUUCUCUGUUUUAACAUGGUGUCGUCCGUAAGGGGAGGCAUGGUCUUACAUGCGACAUCUGUUAUGCUGCAAUAGUAUGUGUUGUGUUAAAAUGGAUUUAGCUGGUAUGUGUUUAGUGCCUCGGCUGGGAUCGGGUUUUGGUUUGCAUACAUGGCUGGAACUUACUGUCAGAUUUUCCCCGAUCCCAACGUUACAUUAUUUCUGGUCAACAGGUCUGCUAUCUUUUGGAUCUUUGUGUGAUGCAAAUGGUGCUGCAAAGUUUUUUUCAGGCCUGGGGGAUGGUUGCGAGGCUAGGACCGGAAAAUAUUACUCUUCAAUUGGCUUUGUUUUUAAAAUUCUGAUGCUUCAUUCAAUAGUGGUUGUAAAUAGGAACAAAGAUAUAUGGCUUGACAAGAACAAACAUCAAGAUAUGUCAUUGAGCAAUAACCGAUUGGACAGGGAUUAACUUGAUGAUCACUAAUAACCAGUAACGGAUUCAGCUCCGAAAGUAAGGAUCCGCCUCUGCUAAUAACAAAGAAUCAUAUGAUGAAAGAUCAAUGUGUUCUUCCAAAGAACUGCUGGAUUGGGUAUAUUCUGUCAAAAAGCUAUAUCCUCUCAGGAUCCGCCUCUGCUAAUAACAAAGAAUCAUAUGAUGAAAGAUCAAUGUGUUCUUCCAAAGAACUGCUGGAUUGGGUAUAUUCUGUCAAAAAGCUAUAUGAAAGUUUUGACGAAGAUGGAAAACCGUAUAUUCUGUCAAAAAGCUAUAUGAAAGUUUUGACGAAGAUGGAAAACCUAGGAUUAUUAUAGAUAAGUUUGGGGUUGUAAUCCCGGGAUUGUUAUCGAUCAUUGUGGAGAUUAUGGAAUCUGUUUGUUGCAGAAUUACAAGAUGAAGCUUGAAGUUGGGGAUUUGAAGUUUAAAGUUCAGGAUAUGCCUGCAUUUGAGAACAUGAGGAAAGAAAAAGGACCUCGGCUCUUUCCGUCGAAAAUUCAAUUUUAUAGCCGGAGUAUUGGUUUAAAUCCAGAGUCCAUAAUUAGAUGCUUUAAUAUCGGGGUGGCAAUAGGUACCAUGGAUGCAAAUCUUGUAGAAAAGGGUUUCAUGGCUUUAAGGGAGGAACCUCGAAGGUCAUAACAUCAGACAUCACGCGGUAGUAAUAUUGAGAGUGAGUAACGGCGAAAAAAUGGAUGUUGUGAUGAUAAGAAAUUCACACGGUAUCGAAUGGGGGAAAGAAGGAUGUGAAGACAUAGAUCCUAAAUUGUUUUGUUUUGUUGCGGGGACAAACGGAGUGGAGCUAAAGAACUAGAAUAAGAUAGAUCAGAUAUAAGGUUAGUGGUAUCUUGAUUGAACUUUUCUUAUAAUGUUUUGGAUUAUGUCAUGUAUGACCAUAUGAUGACUUAUUACUUGAUGGAAUGGAUGGCUCCACUUUCUAUA